AGCGGGGCUUGUAUUUCCAGAAUGCGGGUGCGUGCACACUGAACAUGAUCUCAGCGAUCAGCUGUUCGCAUAAACAAAUUUUUAUUUGCAAAUUUGAAAGUGGAAAGUGAUUUUAAGUGAAGCAUUGUUUAAGCGAUGUGCAGAAUUACAAAGCAGUGUUUUUCUUGAAGAAUUAAGCACUGAGAGCAUGGAGUAAAGCUACAAUUAAUCAAAACAGCAAAGCUCCAAGUGACCUGACCCGGUGGCCGGCGACGACUUCCUGGCUGCAGCAUCUUAUCGCCGGUCAAUAAAUGUACGUAAAUGUGCCCACGACAGGACAAACAGCCAUCGCAGUCGCUGUCCCAGUCCCAGUCUCAGUUGCAGCCACAGCGGCAGCAGAAACAAUAACAAUAGCGGAGCCGCAAACUCAACCACAACAAGCCACAAUCGGCAAUCAUCAACACUGGCGCGCCGCAGACCGAGGAGGGGUCAGAGGGCAGCGGGCCAGAUAGCGGGAUAGCAGGAUUCGAGGGCGCCAGUUGCAUUUUGACAGCGGCAAAGAGCCGUACCAACGGCAGCGAACCAAAAACACCCGCGCAUAAGCCAUGACAGCUGUAGGAGAACGAGAACCCUCAGCCCCCGGGCAAGAGCCGCAGCCGGAGCCGGAGCCGGAGCUGGAGUUCCAGUUGCAGCCACAUCCAAAGCCGCAUCAGGCGGCCAAGAAUCUGCACGCCCUGCUGGAUCUGCCCGCGGCGAUGGAACUGCGCCAAAUUGAGUUGAUCUAUCGGGCGGAGGGUAAUGCAAAUUUGGUGCUCGCCUUGCCGCAAUUUAAAAAAGUUUUACGUUUGCCAAAAAUGAUAUCCAACAGACUGCGGAAUGAGGAGGCAGAGGUUGCACGGCCGGAAGGGCAGAGCGAAUCAUCCGCUGGAGCCGGGCCUGAAAACGCUGGCGACUUGACAAUGCCGGAUUUUAUGGCUUAUAUCGGGAUAAUGCGCCGUCUAUUAGGAAAUGAGUUUGUCUGCGGAGCGGAUAUUGUUGCCAUACCAAAGGAAGACGAUAGAUUCUGGAUAAACGAGCACAUACGCGCCCACAGACCGGUUUCGCGUCUGGAUAAGGAAUUUGUGGGGCCAUUCGGCCUGCUGCUGCCAGAUGUGACCCAAUUGCCUGCCACGUUCGAUGUUUUACUUGCCAAUUUACAGGCACAGGGCACAACAGGAGAUGGAAACGGAACAGGAGCAGUCAGGACCAAGGAGUCAGGAGGAGGAGGAGGAGGGGACAGGAGAGGCGGUGUCCGUCGUCUGGGCGAUACAUAUGCCAUCGAAAUAAAACCCAAACAAGGAUGGCUCCAGUUGGCAAGUGAUGUCAACGAUUUAUUUGAUUUAAUGCCAGCAGAAGCAGAGACAAAGCCAAACAGAGACGGUGAGGCCAAAAAGGACAAGCAUCGUCCAGAGGAGAAGCUUAAGGAUCGGGACAAGUGCUGGUGUCGCUAUUGCAGCAUGCAACUGCUGAAGCUGCACAAUGGGAAAAUCAAACGUUUGGGCCACUACUGUCCGCUGGAGCUGUUCUCAGGUGCACCCAGUCGUAUGCUCGAUGCCUUGAAUGCACUUUUCGCCUGCCCGCAAAAUAAUUUACGUGUAUUUCAGAACGGCAAUUUAAUUUAUGGCGAUCACGCGAAUUCGAUUUCCUUCGACGAAUUGAACUCGCUUGUCUUUCCCGGUGAAAUUAUGGUGCUUAUAAAACAUUUGCUGGUUGCCUGUCUGCUAAGGGAAUAUAAGCAAGAGGAAUCUAAAGCAACAGAGAGCCCCAAUCAGAUACAGAGCCACGAGCAAGAGCAUCUGCAGCUGAAUCAGAUUCGCGUUUCAAUUGCGGCAACGGAGACAAAAGCCGGAGCUGCUGAAAUUGGCGGCGCUAAUGUUGUCAUGCCGUCCGGAGCCAGGACCGUUGUCACUGCUGCUGGUCAAUACUCGACCCGUACACGACCAGCUGCCGCAAGAGCAGCGGCAGCGGCAACGACCCAAAGGUACACAAAGCUGGCCAGAAUGGAGGCAACAACACCGGCCACGGUCGUUGGAGUAACAUCGAGAAGCCAACUGGCCGGCAAUGUGUUGGCAGUGGCCACUCGAACGGAAACAAAAACGGAAACGGAAACACAGCCAACUCCAAGUACGAGUCGGCAUGGGAAGCUGCAUCAGAAUGAGACCGAGAAAGUCCGAAAUAGGAAUGAGAAUGAGGCUGCGAAUCAAACUCAAGCACAAAUCAACAAAGCGGAAAUAUUUAGCUUACCAAAAAAUUGUGUGCUGCAAAAAAUUUUGAAUUUGCAAUUGCUGGUGAAGGAACAAUUCACCUUCAUGUGGCAAUCCGGAUAUGCUCGCCCCACCCAAUCCCCGCCCACUUACAAUGCGCUGCGAAACCUGCUGGCCACCGCCGGAGUGGCAAAGGAAAAGGAGCAGCUCAAACCGGAUCUAGAGCAGGCUUACAUGCUGGGAGCCACGGCCCUGGAUUGCUCGAUAAUGUUGACGUUUCAGGAAAUCGAAAUCGAAUCCAAACCCGAUUGUCCCGAUGGCCAGAGCAUGGACGCUCUGCAGCCUUGGUGUGUCUCCCUGCUGGGUCAUCACUUUCUAACUAAACUCAGUGUCCUCGAUUUGGACCCCAAGCCCGACAGUCACUUUCAUAAAUUCAUAAAGCAGACACGUGAAAUUGAAAAGUGCCGUCGAGCAUUAAAUUAAUUAAUAAACUUU